AAAUGAAUUCGAAAUUGUUGCGCGCUUCGAGGCCAGCGGUCCGCAAUUCGUCAUAGCGAACCAGACUUCCGGGACCUUAGUGCUCAAAUGGCCGACGCCAAGGUUUUCUUUUCUGUCAAACGGCAUCGUUUCAAUGACGAGUGAAAUCAUGUAAACAUUUAGUAGUGAUUUGAUCAAAAUCCGUGCGAACGUGGACAGAUCGAUGAGAAGAUCGAGGAAUCGGGGUGUGUCCGCGGUUUUAAUGAACGAUAUCGCGAGAAGAGGCACCGGUGUCCCCGUAAAUUUUCAAUUCAGCGAGAGGGUAAUCCCUGUUCUUUGCUGGGGGUACGAUUAAAACCGAGUAAAUAAGAACGUAUUACAAACACAACUAGACGGGGACACGAUUCUUAUUUUGCACAAAAAUACGUGUCAGAUGAUUAACCGAAACGUUCAACUGGCGAUUCGACAUUAUAAAUUCGAGCAGCUAGUGCAUUAUUCUUCUGGAACACGAAUAAGGUCAUGUUGAUAAAUUGUAAAGUUGACGUUCUACCAGUCAGGGAAUCCCCACGAAAUUCGUAAUCGUUCGUCGUAGCUUUUCAUCGAAUUCGUUACUCAAAUGACAUAGUUAUGGAGGAUAGUAUCAGUGUUAAAUCAAUGGAAUCUGUAGCGACAAGCGACGAAUAUGAAUUUGUAAAUGAUAAAGGCAAUGGGAAAGAACAACAAACUUUAUUUGAACCAAUGUUAAAAAUUGCCAACAACGGUAACCUAGAAGAUCUUCAAAAUAAUUUGCGCGAGGUACUAAUAGAGGACUCCAAAAUGAAAAGUAAUGACUAUAAAAUUGUAAGCAGUGUACAACAAAAUCAGCCAAAGCCGAAAUCAGUGGGACGCAGUAAAUUUUAUGAUGUAAGCUCUUGUGUGGUUGCAUCGGAAAAACAAGACAUUAUGAAACCAGAAGAUUAUGUUGAUGGAGAAAUAAAUUCUUUAGCUCCAAUGCAACAAGAGUGCACUAUUUUCAAUGGUGUAACAUACUUGGGAUCAACUGCAAUAAAUGCACCAAAGUUGGAAUGUGAAAUUCAGCACAACAUGAAUGUAUUAAACGCAGAACAGACUCUUAAUUUAGGAAUCAAAGUAUCAGUUUCUGUGCCUAGUAGUUCUCAAGGUUCUGUUGUUUUGUAUGAUGCUGCUACGCAACAGCCAAUUGCACACUAUGAAGUGCAACGUAUCUUGUUUUAUGCACGUGGUGAAAGUAGUGGACCAUGCGCAGCAUGUUUUGCUUUCACUUGGUCUCAUGGGGAUACAUUGGAGUCUGCCAUCUAUCAGUGUCAUGUUUUUCGAUGUGAUAUACCAGAAGCGGUGGGACAAGUUUCUGCUUGCUUUUCUAAAGCGUUUCACAGAAUACCACGAUCCAUGACCAGUUCUUUAACUGGAAGUGAUUUUAAUGGUUUUAAUAAUGGAAGUGAAAAAGUUAACUCACGAGUAUUUAUUUUUGAAGUAACCAUGGAAGUAAAGGAAGAGGAUGGGAAGGGAAGCUUCAGUACAGUUCCUAAGGAUCGAAAUUGUUUUAAACUUCGAAGUAAUGUCACUAAACAGGUGUGUUUAAGUAUUCAGCAAGUAUCCAGUAAAGAAGGUGGAAUUACUCUUGAAGUUGAAAGGUGCUUUGGAGUUCUUCUUAGUCCUGGUCGUAACGUUAAACACAGCGAUAUGAGAUUACUUGAAAUGGAAGUUAAUGACGGUCCAGUAAUACAAGAUAAACAAUGUUAUAACAUAUGCGGACAUUGGGACCCGGCAGACCCCGCAUUGGAAACGCUAAAUGUAGAAACACCUAGAGAAGGAAGGAUCUAUAUAACAGUUGCUGUUGACUUAGUAAUACGUGGUAUUCGGGAACCUGUUAGGUUUAUAAUAGAGACAUUAGUGAAAAUAUUUCCACAGAACGAAAGAUUCUGGUAUUUUAAUAAACGAAAUCUCGUACAACAAUUUUACCUGAAUUCAAAAGAAGUAAUAUCAGGAGAUGGAGCGGAAGUUCACUAUGAAGUACAAAGUAUAGAAACCUCAGGAGAAUUAGACAGAAACAGAUUGAAUCUUGCCCUCAACUUAGCAUCACUGAUUCGUUCACCCUCUUUAACUAGUAUUGACACACUUACACCGAAGGAAGAAAUAGAUUCAGAUGGCGAUGAACCCAUGUUAAGUGGUACUGGCGAAGUAUCCAAAGAUUGUUCUGCGGAUGAGUUGGCAAAUUGGGCAGAAGUUUUGGACAGUUGGUUAGUUAAUGAACAACGUCCAAAGCUUCUGAUAAAACUUACAAAGCAAGGUAUUCCUGAAGCUCUUCGCGGAGAAGUGUGGCAACGCUUAAGCAACUGCGAUAAUUCACAAGAGAUGAUGGAUAGGUACAGAACUUUAAUCACUAAGGAGAGCAGUUGCGAGAGCGUCAUUUUACGAGACAUUAAUAGAACGUUUCCUGCCCAUGACUUUUUCAAAGAAACUGGCGGUUUGGGACAAGAUUCUUUGUACAGAAUAAGCAAAGCGUAUGCAGUGUACGAUGAGGAAGUUGGAUAUUGUCAGGGACUUAGUUUUCUAGUUGCUAGUUUGCUGCUCCAUAUGCCGGAGGAACAAGCAUUUUGCGUUCUGGUUAAAUUAAUGUACGACUACGGUCUAAGAGAUUUAUAUAAAGACAGAUUUGACAAUCUUCACAUGAGAUUUUAUCAGCUUAAUAGAUUGAUAGAGGAUCAGUUACCAGAACUCUAUAAACACUUUUGCGAUCGUGGCGUAGAGACACAUAUGUUCGCUGCACAAUGGUUUCUGACUUUAUUUACAGCUAGGUUUCCACUAUAUCUUGUUUUCCACAUUCUGGAUGUGUUUCUUUUGCAAGGACUUGACACACUGUUUCAAGUUGCUCUUGCGUUAUUAAUGUUAUGCAAAAAGGAACUGCUUCAGUUGGAUUUCGAGAGUAUACUGAAGUACUUUCGGGUACAUUUGCCAAAGCGUUGUCGAAACGAAGAAGUGUCGCGCUACGUAAUGAAGUUAGCCUGCUCGGUUACAUUAAAGAAACUGAAGAAGUACGAGGCAGAAUUUAUGGCUCUGAAAGAAGCCCAGGAGAACGCAGAUGAGUACAGUAAUGAGGUGGAACAACUGAGAGGCACGGUGGCCAGGAACGAAGAGGAGAAGCAGCGGCUGGAAGCGGAGUUGGUUCAAGUGAAAGAGAUGUUGCAACGGGAAGUGGCAAGGGCGGACGCAGAGAACAGACAGAGUAACGUUAUCAUUGCUGAAUACAAGCAGAUCUGUCAACGUCUGGAGGACAACUAUAAUGCCGCGAAAUCUACCCUCAGUGUGCUACGGUCCAUGGCCUCAAAAUGCGAAAAGUGCAGAAGUGGCAUAGUAGAGUCGUCUAACGUGCUGGCAGACAUUUCUCACCCGUUGGAGAACAGAAUAGAUCCCACAUUGGACAGAGCAAGAGAGAGGGUGCGAGAAUUGGAGGUGGAGUUGGCUCAGACCAAGUUGGCUCACGUCGAAGCCGAAUGCAGGAAUCAGGAUUUGACGCAUCAGUUACACGCGACUGCGUCCGAGUUGCAAGCAGCCAGGAACAGCUGGCCGUGGCUCAGCAAAACUCUGUCGAGUAUAAAAGAGGCGACGAACAAGAGGGAAGCGAUGGCUCCUUCCUUGAUGAAGGAUCUGAGACAGGACAGCGCGCCGAGCGGCGACGUCUUUAACCUGUUACGUUCCCAUUACCGCAACGCUCGCGAUAAAGAGGUUGUGUGAUGCGAUACGGUGCAAGAAAAUGCGCGCGUUGUCUCGAAAUAAUGAAAAUACUGACGCGCAAUGACAGCGUAAUCGGACGGAAUAGGCAACGCGGGGGUGAUAAGGGACAGAGGAGACUCGUUUCGUAGGCGAGGGCAAGAAAGCUGUUUCGAAUUGCGAAACUCGAAUACGCAAUGUACGUCCACGAUUCACACAACGUAGUAUUCCGCUUGGUCCGGUGAGAACACGCUCGGUUGUACUUUUCGUCUCGGGUUCCUCACACGUGCUUCUAGCGAGGACAGCUUUAUCCCGGCAACACAUUGAUAUUCGAUUUUGAGAUAUUUCUUGUUCAAGUUUGUUGACUCUUCCUUCAUUAUUUUGUCGUUCUUUAUCUCUCUAUUCCGAGUAUACUCAUUUUUACGUGAAUUUUUUACGUCGGUCGUUAUCGUUCGAAAUCCGUUCCCCGCGAUUCGGCGGGACGUUUCACGUGUAAUUUUAGGGGUGCGUUACUGUUCGGCGAUCGUUUGAUCGAUAGAGGUGGGCGACGCGAGGCCACGGCGAGGAGAACGGAAGUUACGCCACAUAGACGUUAGCGAUAAGUACACACACCGCGUUUUGUAUGAAACUAGUCUAAGACGAGAACUAUAGAAGCGUUAUAGAAUUCUACACUGUACGCGUGACACACAGUAUCACCGGCGGGCGAUUAACGAACGCCACUGGCCGCAGAAAUCAGAGAUACUCCACGUCGAAUGGGAGAGGAUUGCGAGAUGCCUUCGCGUUCGCGGGUUACGUUUUUACAUCGGUCCAUGACACGACGACAUUCCAAAGUAAAACGUUGUUACUAGGUUCUUCCGUUUUGUUUUUCCAUUUAAUGCGAAUCGGUAUCUGAUUUCAAGCCGCUGGCUGACUUUGAAUUGUCAUGAGUAUACCGUUCAAGCUACUGAGAGAAAUGGUAUGAUUUCAUAGUGUUAUAUUUCGUUUUCCUUUUAUACGUACAAUUAACAACAAUGUGACAUAACGUAACGUAAACGUACUGUAAUUGUAAUGUAAUGUAACGUAAACGAGUGAUGCGUCGUUAUUGUUUUCUACGUCCAGAGAGGUUUUAUAACGCGAGCUCGCGAUAUAUCACGAAUACUCGGACGCGCGUAUCUUCCCGUUGGUUUUUUCCAUUUUUCUUUCACGUUCGCGACGGUCUGUUUUCUAAUAGAGUCCACACGAUGUAGACGCAAGGCCAUAAAUUAAUACGUUAAGGCACUAAUUGAGAUCGAGAUACUCAGUCGGACAUCCAGCCAAGUACACGCUUCUGCGACACGAUGAGCGAGCAAUGGGCGGAACGCUCGAGAAAGCACAUUCGUUAGAUCAUCGAGUAGUGAUUAGUGCCAUUUUUUGUUUGGUAGAACCGCGCGUCGAUUCGUUCUCGGAUCGCUCUCAUCGAGCACCACGACACGAUAGGUUCACCACCACACGGUUUCAACGUAAUCGUGCCAUUAUUGUGGCGACCAUUAUUCUACUUCCUCUUCCGUUUACCGAUUUUCCUUUCGAUUCUCGUUGGAGAAACGAAAAAAAAGGAAACACACUUUAAAAUAUAAAAUAUAUACGAAGUCGAGAACAAAGUUUAUGAUCACUGUAGCGACUCAUACAGUAGCUGAACAAUAGUCCUGCAUCUUAUACAAGACAAAGAAUAAUACUGUAAAUACUAAAAGGAAAAAUGAUUAAAAAAAAUGAACAAUAUCUAUAUGGUUAAGCUACUAACAGAUCAUAUGUAAAUGAUUUAGAAUUACUACCUAUGUAUCACUGUACACCUUGUAAUGUCAUUCCACUAUUAUUGAAAUAAACAAACAAACCGUAUCUGUCUAUCUCUCGAU